GUCGCCAACCCGCCACGUAGUAAUAUCACCACCAAAAUGCUUCGCUGCUUCCAGAAACAUUAAAAAGAAAUCUCGGUGCUGAUAAUCAAAGAAAGCAUUGAAUUGAAACACAAAGAAAGAAAAUGGUACUCGUGGAAGACAUUGAGGACGAAGACGAGCUCGAUGAAGAACCAGGAGAGGUAAUCGAAUCAGCCCCUCCUCUCCAAAUCGGUGAAGAGAGAGAGCUUAUUAGUAAAUCGGGUCUUAAAAAGAAAUUAAUCAAACGUGGCUUUGGAUGGGAAACACCUGAAUUUAAUGAUGAAGUCACUGUUCACUUUGUGGGUACUUUACUUGAUGGUACAAAGUUUGUUUCUACAAGAGAGACAGAUGAACCUGUGACUUUCAAACUUGGUCAAGGUGAAGUGGUUACUGGUUUGGAUCAUGGGAUAAUAACUAUGAAAAGGGGUGAAUAUGCAUUGUUUACCGUGCCCCCUGAAUGGGGAUAUGGAGCUACUGGUCGUGAUGGCGUACCACCAAAUUUUGUUGUUUUGUUUGAGGUUGAACUCAUUUCUUGGAUAACAGUUGUCAAUGUGAGUAAAGAUGGUGGAAUUGUCAAGAGAAUCAUUGAAAAACCGGAGAAGAUUGAGCGGCCAGGCGACUUGGAUGAAGUUCUUGUGAAGUAUGAAGUGAAACUUGCUGAUGGCACCAUUGUCGCAAAAACACCUGAGGAAGGAAUUGAGUUUCAUGUCAAAGAUGGUCAUCUAUGUCCAGCACUGCCCAAAGCUGUCAUGACCAUGAGAGGAGGAGAGAAAGUGAAACUAAUUGUCCAUCCUCAAUAUGCUUUUGGUGAGGAGGGCAAGGAUGCUAAUGAUGGAAUUCUUCCAGUCCCACCAAAUUCUGUGCUGAACAUGGAUUUGGAAUUGAUAUCCUUUAAGCCUGUUGUUGAUGUGACUGGUGAUACCAAGGUGUUCAAGAAGAUCUUGAAAGAAGGGGAGGGCACCAAUGUGGCAAAUGAAGGUGCUCUUGUAACCAUUAGCUACACGGCUAGGCUGCAAGAUGGAACUAUUUUUGAAAAAAGAGGACUGGACGGAGAGCAGCCCUUGCAAUUUGUUACUGAUGAGGAACAAGUGAUUGCUGGUUUAGAUCGUGCAGCAGCAACAAUGAAGAAAGGGGAACGGGCAGUAUUGACAAUAAAUCCAGAAUAUGGUUUUGGAAGCGUUGAAGUAAAGCAGGAUCAUGCUACUAUACCCCCUUCUUCAGUGCUAGUUUAUGAAAUUGAAAUGUUAGAUUUUAUAAAGGAAAAAACGCCAUGGGAGAUGAAUAAUAAAGAGAAAAUUGAAGCUGCUGGUAGAAAGAAAGAAGAAGGUAAUCUACUUUUUAAAAGUGGGAAGUUUCAAAGAGCAGGAAAGAAGUAUGAUAAGGCUGCAGACUAUAUUGUUGAGGAGGUAUCCUUUGAUGAUGAUGAGCAAAAGCUAAUUAAAUCUUUAAGAGUAUCUUGCUGGCUGAAUGGAGCGGCAUGCAGCCUCAAACUUGGUGAUUUCCAGGGAACAAUCAACUUAUGUUCGAAGGUACUGGAUGUUGAGUUCGACAAUGUAAAAGCUUUGUAUAGGCGAGCACAGGCAUAUAUGCAAACUGCAGAUUUGGUCUCAGCUGAACUAGACAUCAAGAAAGCUCUUGAGAUUGAUCCUCACAACAGAAUGGCUCAUUUCAGGGAGGUGAAGUCUCUCCAGAAAACACUCAGGCAACUUCAAGUUGAAAGAGACAAGAGAGAUGCAAAGCUCUACUCCAACAUGUUUGCACGAAUGACAAAGAGGACAGCUGUGGUGACAAAGAAAUUGAAAGUUGAGAAAAUAGAGGACGGGAAGAAAGAUCGAGAAAUGGUGGCAAUGGAAAUGGAAAAAGUUGCUGACACUUCAGGCUCUACUGAUAAUAGAAUGGUUAUUGAUCCCUGUUAAAAUUACGUGUAAUGAAACGUGUCAGAAUAACCCUUACAACUAACAGGAGAAAAAGUUACACGGGCACAGGCAGAAUAGUAAAGGUUUCCCCUUGUUCGCCUUCGCCUAAUGAUAUAAACAAUACAUUAACAUCACCUGGAAGCUCGUAUUGGUCGGGAAACUAACCUGGAACUAAUGUUUCAUAUGUAUUAAUUCUUUUCUAAUUAUAGCUUUUGCACAUUUUUGUUGUU